AUGUCAUCAUCAGGCGCUAUCGACAAUGAGAUUGAGAACCGUCUCAGUGGGGAGCUCGGGGCACUCGAGCAGCUGCGAGCGCUCUUGCAGAACAACGAAGAGGUCAAGAUUCCGGGGGUCGUGGUGGCCGGGGCUCAGAGUGCCGGCAAGUCGUCCGUGCUCGAAGCCCUCGGGGGCAUGAAGUUGCCUCGUGGGCAAAACAUCACAACUAGGGUGCCGCUGGUGCUCAGCCUGGUGGCUGUUCCGGGGGCAGAGCCCCACGCUGUUAUCGGCGGCCAAGCCGAUCUUUCCAAAGGCAAGAUCAUCGGCAUCGAUGAAAUCUCAACCGAUAUCGAGAGGCUCACGAACGAGCUCGCUGGCGACGGCACCGCCGUGAGCGCCAAACCGAUCUACCUCAAGAUCAUUCGGCCCUCAGGCCCGACCCUGACGCUGAUCGACCUGCCGGACAUCACUCACAAUUCCCCCGACGGCACGCAGGACAUCCACACCGAGACCGUCAAUCUCGUGAAGAAGUUCAUCGAGAACGACAACAUGGUGAUCCUGGUGGUGAUCCCGGCGAUGGACGACUUCGCCAACGCCGAGGCGAUCGCCCUCGCCAAGAAGUAUGACCCUGACGGCCGGCGCACCCUCGGUGUUGUCACCAAGACCGACAACAUCAAAGUGGAGGAAGACACGCCCGCUGAGGAAGUGCGGGCAAGGGAGAGGCAAUUCUUCCAAACCAAUUCGGAGAUGGCCGGCAUCGAGAAGGAGUACUGGGGCUUCGACACGCUGGUCGGGCGCAUCGUCGAAAUCCAGGCAGAGAGAGUUCAGCAGUUCAUCCCGAAGUUCCUCGCCCAGUCGAAGAGGCGCACGAAGGAGCUCGCGCAGGCUCUCCGUGACAUGCCGAAGGUCUUCUCCAACGACAACGAGUUGUGGGAGAAGUUCCGGAAGGUCGUCUCUACCAUUCGGGAGGAGCUUAAGGACCUGCUGACUUUCGGGAGCAACCGCGCGAUCACUGGCCAGGACGAGUCCAUGGACAUUAUCCCCCACGUGACGGCGAUGUACAAGGCGUACGCCACGGGGAUCCGUGAUGACGUUGUACCCAACUUCUUCACGGAUGAGUACCACCAAAAGGUCUGCGCCGCUUUCAAGCGUGUGGAUGGCAUGGCCCUGCCGAAUCUACUCGGCGGGCGCGUGUUCAGUGCUCUUUUCUGCGAGAUCUUCUCUGAGGAGCUCGGUGUUCGCUCGGAGAAGUUGGUCGAAGGGGUCAAGGACUUCAUGCAAGACACGCUGGGGAAGUUGUGCGAUCACACGUGCGCCGCCCACCCCGUUCUGCUUAACGAGCUCAAGACCAACCUCGUGGAACAAUUCGUAGACUCGAAGGAGGCCAGCACGAAGAGCGCGGUGGAAAAUAUUGUCAAGGCUGAGCUCGGGUGGGUCUUCACCCAGGACCGGUCGUACGAAGACACCAUGCGUGACGUCCGCGAGAUGGCGAGCCGCGUCCGCAAGAGCAAGGUGGAGCACGAGGCUACCUCUGGAACGGAAAACCAGACCAUCUUUGAACUUGCGAAGGAUGUGGGUACCAUCCCUGAAGCAUUCAUCUGGAAAAUUAUAGACGCCAAGCCCAAGAGUGAGGACGACGCGAUCCGCGAUCUUCAGGUCAUCCUGCACGCGUAUAGCGACGUGGUCUGCAGGCGGCUGUUCGACAGUAUCCCCAAGCAGGUCCACCUGUUUCUCGUGGAUGGCAUCUGCAAAGGCUUCGUGACUUGGAUGCUGGACAAGGUGGACGAGACCGACCUGCAGAGGUGGCUGGCCGAGGAUGCGCUUUCCCAGCGGAAGCGCAAGGAGCUCGAGAGCAAGCUGUCCCAGUUCGAGGAGGCAGCGAAAAUUCUCAAAAACGCAGGCGGCCGUUCCAAGUAG